CUUCUUAAAGCGGGGACCGCUGCUUGUAACCGUUGUACAUCCUUACAAGGAUCAUCCCAUCGCUGACAAGAUGGCGCCGGAAGCCCCUCCAACCCUCUUCCUUAUCCACGGCGGUGGCCACGGCGACCCAGCUUACUUCCAAAAGUUCCAAGACGAGCUGCACAAAGCCGAGAUACCCACAGAGACAGGCACCCAGCCAUCCAAUGGCGGGUUCCCGCCACGACCCAUGUACAACGACGCGGCUUAUUGGCGCGCAGAGAUCGAUCGUCUCGCCGACGCCGGAAAGGACGUUGUCGUGCUCAUGCACUCGGUGGGCGGCGUUGUCGGCACGGAGGCUACGCAGGGGCUGGGCAAGGCGGAGCGGGCAAAGAGGGGGCUGCCGGGUGGUGUGGUGCACCUGGUCUACCUCACCGCGUAUCUGCCCAACGAGGGCGAUAGCGUCUUUAGCUUCUAUGGCGAGGGGACUCUGCUACCCACGCGGGCCGAAUUUCGCACGGCGGACAAUGGGGUCGAUAUUUUCGUUCUCGAUCCCUUUGCUGCCUAUUACUACAACGACAUGGCUCCUGAGGAGCAGCAGCAUUGGGCUCAGUACUUGAAACAUUCCCCACUUGAGCUGAUUACUCAACCCGUCACUCACGCGACAUGGCAAGAUAUACCAACCUCAUAUAUCAUCGCUGAGUUGGAUCAGGUUAUACUGCCGGAAGUGCAACAGCAGAUGGUCAACGACGCAAAGGAGAAGCAUGGUAUCGAAAUCACGACCUUCUCCUUGCCGUCGAGCCACUCUCCGUUUUUGAGCAUGCCCGAUCGGUUAACCGACGUUAUCAAGUCAAUUUACCGGGCUAUUCAGAAGUGAAGCCGUAGGUUGAUGUGGGG